AGGACUUCUAUCAUAAUAAGAAAAUUUAUCAGAAAAGAAAUAACCUCAAUGAAAUUUGAAGAUGUAAAUAUGUUCCGGAUUCAAAUAACCGAACUGGAACAAGCAACUAAGACAAUGAUGAAAAAAUUCUUGGAUGAAUUCAGAGUAACAGCUUGCGGGCCUGAUUGCACUUUAACUGAAGGACCAGUAGUGGACGCAUUUACCUGUGAUUUGUUCUUGGAGGAUCACUGUUACACCGGAGAUGUGUGUGGAGUUGAAACUUUUCAUGAAGCGGAAAUACGAGAAAUGUACAUAGUUAUUGGAAUUCUUGUGACAGUUGCUCUUUUGGGAAUCUCUUUAUUGAGCUUCACAGUUUAUUAUUAUUGUGCGAAAAUAAAGGCAUCCUCUGAAAGAUGCAAACAACUGGAAAAAGACUUAGAACGGGGAGAAACAAAAUCCAAAGAAAAUGGCAACAACGGAGGAAAGAAGUAAAAAGCUACAUUAGAAAUGGAAUCAGAAACAAAAGGAAGUGAAUGUAAAGAAUCAAAAACAGAAGGAAGUGAGAGUGAAGAAUGAGAAACACAAGAUGAGAGCUCAAAGUAGAAACCUUGAUGUACAAGGCAAGAUCUGACUCUCCCCUCCGUUGAUUUAUUGGAAGUGAGAGUGAAGAAUCAGAAACACAAGAUGAGAACUCAAAGUAGAAACAAGAUCUGACUCUCCCCUCCGUUGAUUUAUUGGGAGUGAGAGUAAAGAAUCAGAAACACAAGAUGAGAGCUCAAAGUAGAAACCUUGAUGUACAAGGCAAGAUCUGACUCUCCCCUCCGUUGACCAAGGGCUUUCAGCUGGUUGGAAAAUCAGAAAUGAGAAGUUGGAAAAUCCAAAUUGUUUUUAGGAUUUUACUAAAAACCCAGAAAAUCCAGAAAGUUCCGAAUUACGGAAAGCCCGUCUCCCAUA